AUGCCAACGACAAAGAAAACACUGACGUUCUUAUCGAGCUUCUUGACCAGUUUCGGGGCUUUCGUGGGGGUGUGCGCCAUGCUGGGCACCCACGAAUGGGUGCGCAGCACCAUCGCUGUUAGCGUUUCUUCUUCCAACGGCAGCAUCAUCAUCACCUACGGACUCUUUCGUGGCCGGAGCACCCAAGAGCUGAGCGGUGGGCUUGGGGAAGGAGACAAAGCUUUUGAAGUUUUAGGGACACUGGACGAUUCUUCCCCCAAGACUCUGCAUUCGGUGGUUAUCGUGUUUCUGGCCCUCAGUUUGUCCACCACGCUGCUGAGCUCUGGGUUCACCUUCUACAACAGCAUCAGCAACCCCUAUCAGACGUUCCUGGGGCCGCUGGGGGUGUACACCUGGAGCGGGCUCAGCGCAUCCUUCGCUUUCCUGACCUUGGUGCUGUUUGUGGGGAACGUGCAAUCCAAUCACCUCUCAGAGGAGCUGGCCCAGGCGCUGUACCCGCUUUAUCCGUCCUCCGCUCACGGAGAGAAGACCCACCGCUACGGGUACUCAUUUUGGCUCACACUGCUCGUCAUCCUGCUGGAUGUCGUCACUGCGGUCAUCGUCGUUUUCUACCAGAAGGCCAGGCACAAGCGGAAGCAGGAGCAGAGCAAGCCGAUGGAAUACGCUCCAAGGGAUGGGAUUUUAUUCUGA